AUGCCUUCCUUUACCCUCAUGGACCAGCUUUGCUGCUGCAAAUUCUCAUGGCGCUGUGAUGGUGGGAUGAAACCUGCCACCCAAAAGCCAGAUAUCCAGCCUAUUCCUCUUCUAAAUCUCUGCCCCGAGGAAGAGCAACAGGAACCGGAAGAGAAAAGCCAGCAUUCUCUCAUAGGGUUGUCAGAUAUAGUCUGGGCCAUACCAGUAAACAACAGCUCUCCUGGAAGCGGUUCCGUUGUACACCAGCUUGCGGAGGAUGACAAUUCAGAUUCAGAUCAGGAUCAGCCACAAGUAACAAAAAAGCCCAGUACUGCUUUUGACGUCGUUCGCAACAAGCUCAUCCGAAGUAUUUCUCUGAACAAUAACAAUGAUCAACCGUCACUUCUUUCCGUCGGUAACAGUGAAGAGGACGUUGCCCGGAGAGCCGAACUGAAGCGCAUUAUGCGUCAAAGAAUUCAGGAUGAGCUUGAUUCUGGUGAACUGGAUAACGACAUUGAGAACAAGCCGAAAAAUACUAUUCGGUGUAUUUCUUCAGUUGUUGAGCUUGCUCUUCCCAAUUCUGGGCCUCGGGAUGCUAUCGAGUUUGGUGUCAGUAAUUCUUCAUCCCGCAGCGCGCAAUCAGCUCGACUCGAAACGAUUCAAGAUAAGCUUCAUGACACCCCAGAUCUUCAAGCGUCCAAGGAAAUUACACCCAAGUUCGAAAGGCACUCUUUGGCGAUGUCAGGUGUACUCGAUGAAGAGGAUGGUUGGAAGAAAGAUACCAUCGGCCCAAGUUCCUCUGCUACACGCCUCUCACCGCACGAAGAUGCCGACUUUCCUCAUUAUCAGAAAUCUUUUCAACUAUCCAACGGUGUUGCGCGCCUUGAUCGUAUACUGGGACCCGAUAGUAGCUUCAACAGUCGCCAGGCUUCUUCUGGGGAUGGCCAAUCCGCUCUUGGUGUGUGGCUUAUAGCACAGGGUCUUCGCUCGCGAGACAAUUCCACGCUUUUCUUUGACGAAGAGAAGGAAACUCAAGCCCCAAGUGAGACUGAAGUAACCGAAGAGAAGCAACCUGUGCCGAUUGGGGAGAAAAUGUCUCUGGAAUCCGAGCCACGCGAGGUGGAAGAAAAGAAAGAUAAGCGUGCUUCCGGUGGGCCAACCACUAUCAUGACAUCCAACGAAAUGGAUCGUGAGCCUUGCUUCGACUCCAAUGCUAAAAAUGAUCAACAUAACAUAUUUAACUCCUCUGGAGGGUUGGCAUGGGGCCCUACAGUCACAGCACUUCUAAACUCGUUCGCGGAUAACACUUCCUCGAGCGACCCGUCAAAUUCUGCAACAAGUCAGGGACGACCUCGACAGAACAUCUAUAAGCUGGACCCAAAAGACCUCGAAAGUAUGGAGUUAUCCCCAUUCAAAUGGCGAAGCCAAGCUUCUUCACAAGAUCACGAAAACCUUGGCGAGCAGAGCUUUCAAUAUUUCACAGGUAUAUUCCAAUCGAGAUCUUAUUCAUACGGGAGCAUCCACAACGUGCAAUCCCUGGCACAAGUAUCAAUCGAUCCUGCCUCUCUGGCUCACUCUGAGUCCGCCAGCUUCGUUCAGCGAGAGGCCGAACUUGAAACGAUCGACAGGCGCUUCAGUGAGGCAUUGGGUUGCAAGAAGCCCGAAAAGAAGGUCACCACACGUUUCAAAGAGGAGUUUUCUCGUUCUGCAACACAGCCAGUCGUUCAUAGAUCUUUCAGAAGCAGGAUUCAUCUUACUGUUCCAAGCCACUUUAGAACCAAAUCAGAGGGCUCCAACUACCGACCGCAUAAAGACAAACCAGGGCUAUAUGAAGUACAAAGCUCUCCACUGAUUGCUUUGAAGAAUUCGAAAUUCCGUGAAACGGAGGUAAGCGAUAGAUCAAACGGUCGUUCGAAUUUGAGCAUCCACCCACAUAUGAGUCGAACACCAUCAGGGGAACACCGAAAACCAAGUCUGGAGCGCCAGGAGAGCGCAACAAAUCUAUGGCAACGCGCCAUAAGACUUGAAGCCGAAGGACGGCGUAGUAGUAGCUUUCAAUCAAGCACGCCUAAUCCGGAUCAGAGGAGCCUGUCCUCCAACAGAUCCCUAAACGAAACCGGUAUAGCCCGGAAUGACACCAGCAGUGGCUCUGACCUGAGGCGAGAAGUCUCCCAACUCACCCCUACAACAGAUGAGAUUUCCUCCCCGAGCAAUUCGAAGUGGCUCAUAGAGCGCUGGGUUAAGCAAAUGCGACCCAAGACGACCCAAACAGCUAGCUCAUUAGAGAGUGGCUUAUCCAAUCGGCUGGCUGGGCCUCCAAGGUCUUGGUCAAGGUUUCCUUCCCAUAAUAGGGAGGAAAGGAACAAGAAUGCAGAUUCUAGGGAUAGAGUGAGUCCCCGGGACUUUGCUGUGAAGCAUGUCACCUCGGAGGGCCAGAUUCGGUGGGCGACAGACAUGAUUUCUAGCGAGGAGAAACAGCUUGCGCGGACCUUACCUCGUUCCUUUACCAUAAAAUUUGGUGAGUUGGUCAAGUCCAAGGUGAACCGAAUGAUCCCAUCAAAAGCUUUGCGACACCGAGUGAGUCAUCCAUCCAUUACAAGGCAUACUACCUCCAUCUCAGCUCGUAUGGAAUAUCCCGAGAUGGGUAUUCGGCCCUCAGAAUCAGGAUAUACUGAACUCCAGGCUUUGGGCAGGGAGAUCAGUAACAUGAAAGGGGGGAUCCAUGUACAGACUCCCGAAAGAGAACUUUCAAAGCCUCAAUCUUCCAGGAGCUUAAGCGACAGAGUAGUUGCCCUUAUGCAUGAAGCGAUAGGUCAGAGACAUGUGAAGCAGGAUGAGGUUGUUGAGCCACCCGAGUGCUCCGUAGGACCUCCUACACCAAGCUUGCUCCAGGAGAGCAUCGCCGCUACAGAUGUCUUCGUUACGCCGAAGAGUCAUUUUUCGGACGAUGCUGCAGAUGACAGAGAGAAAGAUAGGGUAAAUACAGACCUCACUAAAACAGAAGAGCACGAGAUACAAUUGGCGCCACUCGAAAACAGCGGAACUUUGUUCAAGCCCAAUGACUCGACAUGCAGCAAAAGAGCCGAUUCUGAUAACUAUCUCCCCGUGCAAGAAUCGUCUUAA